AUGAACGCCCUACCCCAAGAGCUAAUCGACGUCGUCUUCGCGAGCCUCCUCGAGUACGACUUCCCCAUCACGUCUCGCUUCGCCAUCCUCAGCACCACAUCACGGUCCACCAUCUUGAGCGCACGGCAGGUCCAGCGUCGGUUCUUCUCCUCCAAAACACUCCAAGCCCUGUUUGUGAGCGUGCUCGAGGACACGCCUUUCGUAUGGUACGCGCACCGCAUCCCGAAGCUAGAAGAGAUCUCGAGAUCGGCAUACGCCGAGCGGAUGAAGACGCUGUCGAUUUGUGGCAUGGAUUUCGACCUAGCGGGGAACAUUGUAUCGAUCCCCGGGAAAGGCGCACAGGUCUGGCGUGACAGGUUCGAUAAAGACAGCGGGUGUUGUCUGGCGAAGUACUUUGGUGAAAUUCUGCAGCGGUUCCCGCAGCUUAGGCAUUUGAGGUAUUACCCUAUGUCGCCGAAAUGUGUUGAUGGGAGCUGGGCGGAUAGGACGGUGAGUGUGGCGCCCAGGGCAGUAAGUAUGACGCGCAGUGCAGAUUUCGAACCCAGUAUAUCGGGGUAUCCGCCGCUUGUAGAGGCUGAACGGACAUGGAGAGAUGCCCAUGCAGAGAACGGGUGGUUGUUUAACAAUGUCCUGCACGGCGCAAGUGAAUCUGGCCUGCCUAUCGAAAGUCUAACGAUACCACUAUUCGGAAACCGAGCGUUUUAUUUCGCUAUACCAGACGAGAUAUGGUCAUUUUCGAAGACGAUAACGCGUCUGAGUUUGACCUUGACAAGCUAUGGUGCUGCACGACCACUCCCCAGAUGGCUGCAUGUGAUGACGAAUCUGGAGUUCCUGGAAAUUGCACUGUCGAGGACUCCCAAUGACAUAUGGGAGAGAAGUCCGUUUUAUCAUAACCACCCUCUUCUCCCCGGUGACAAUGUUCGUGCCGACAAUAUCAAAUUGCGGCUGCCAAAGGUUCGCGAGUUCCGGCUCAUGUCCGACAACCAACGUAGUUUCUCAGAACAUCAACUUCUCUUAACUCUGAUAUUGUUCCCCAAUUUGAGGAGACUGGGCUUUGCUCAUAUCCUGAUCAGCGAGGGCAGUUGGAGCGGUCUGUUGAGCCAAAUAGAAUCAAUAAACUUGGAGCGGCUUUGGCUGCUUGAUCCUCGGCACAUAUACACCGAUGGAUUUGGCGGACCAGCUGGCGACUUUUUGAUGUUGAAGUACGAGGAAGACCAGUACUUGAGAAGCGCAGCGCAGGAGGUCCAUUUGAUUGACAGCGAGUCUUUAUGGACCGCUGAUGAGCCACCGCCGAAGACAAGAGAUUUCGAAUAUCCUGGGUUUGCCAUAUUCGAGCAGGACUGA